AUGGAUGCCGAACUGAGAGAAAAGGCCGAGUCGCUUGCCCUGAGAGCGUCUCGUGCAUGCGGCAUCCCCCUGAGACGGGAUGACGUGCAAGCAGCGCUGGGCGAUCCCGACCGAGGGCCCCCGUUUGCUGAAUGGAUACGCUUGCACCUGCGGAGUGACACGUUGCUGACACCCGACGAGCUCGAGACAUACGUCGAGUUGGACAAGAGGGGGCGCGUGGACGAGCUGGCGGGCUCGCAUGAUCUCGCUCAAGUGCGAGCAGUAACCGAGGAUGAGCUGCGAGUGGCUACCGAAGAACUCGGACGCUCCACGGAGCACAUAGCUAGGCAGACAGAAACCCUGCGGCAGCAGCAUGACGCCGUCUCCCGAAUGGCCAAGAAGCAAGCCGAGACUGCGGCCCAGCGAGAAGAGCUCGAGCGCGUCCAAAGGCGUCAGAAUGAGCAGGAGCGCCAUCAGCUCACGAUGGAGGUGGAGAAUCUGUCGCGAGAAAUCCACUUGAGCCUCGCCGAGAUGCAGGACCAAGGGCCAGCGCUCGCGCAUGGCGUCGCGGCCGUGCUGCAAUCCGACGACAAGCUGCUCUCGAGCCUUCAAAAGCUGGGUUGCGAGCUGGACCAACCUGAUCCCGAUGAAGCGCUCGCCACGGAAAAGCUCCGAGCGGCGUCCAUGCGCCUGAUCAACACCACCGUGGAAGCUGUUCGCGCCAGGCUAGACAUGGUGUACCUGGAAGCGCUCGUCGCGGCAGAGCACUCCAACACUGUCGCACCAGCGACCAGCCAACAAGUCGCACAUCUCCAGGAAGAAGUCGAGUCGCUCUACUCGGAGAUUUUCCCCGUCGCCCAAAUGGCAGCAGAGAAGCAGCAUGUCGAGCCGGCACUCGAGCACAUUGCCGCAAGGAGCGGACAGAGCCUUAGCAAAACCGCCUCUUCAUUGAAAUACGUGGACGACUGCCUGACCUAUCUACUGGAUAGAAUGGCCAGGCUACGUGCACACGUCGAGUCGCACAAGUCCUACCAGGCCGCUUCCGCCUCCAUUGCCUCCGUGGCAAGGGCGGAAAUGGCCGUCGAGGUCCCCUUCCCCGGCGGCCAGACGGCCAUGCCGCCGUCGUCAACGAGUCAAUCCCCCGUAAAGAAGCGCAGCAACGCCGCUGACGCUCGUGCACCGAGACAAUCACUCGGGGCGGAAGCGAGGCCCCCGCUGGAGACGCUCCUCGAACGCCUUGCCAUAUCGCUGCCCGAAGAAGCCGGCGAGCGAGACAGGAUCGCUGCUCUAGAGCGAACCCUGGCCGAUCGCACCCGCAAAUACGACCAGGUGGCAAGGGCUGCGCAGGAGAGCUUCGAGACAACCACACGGGCGUAUCUCGACGACGCCAGGAAAGCGAAUCAGUUUCUUCGAGAUAGCCUCCUCGCGGAAAGCCCGUUUGGCGACGUGAAAAUGGUGGAUCCUGAUGUCGAAGCCUCCAUUCGCGUCCUGGAACAGGAAGUCGACAAGGCAAAGGAGAAGCUGCGCUACCUGCAGGGACAGGCUGUUUUGGCUGGAAGUCAGAAGAAGGCCGAGUUUAUUAACCGCUGGGGUUCCUGA